GCUUCACUCUACACAUUUCGAGAAGAUUCUGAAAAAUGGCGGAUAAGAAGACGCAGUCGGAGACAGAAAAACAAAAAGGGAAUGAUGCCUACAAAAACAAGGAAUUUGAUACUGCUUUGAAACAUUAUGAUUCGGCCUUUGAACUUGAUCCAACCAAUAUUACAAUACUGACCAACAAAGCCUCAGUAUAUUUAGAAAUGGGUGAGUUUGAUAAAUGUCGAGCAGAGUGCGAGAAAGCUGUGGAAGUAGGAAGAGAAAAUCGAGUUGACUACAAACUCGUUGCAAAGGCUCUCUGUAGGAUCGGCACCUCGUAUUUAAAACAGGACGACUUGAAGAACGCUCUUGUUUAUUUUAAUAAAUCGUUGUCUGAACAUCGUGCACCAGAAGUAAUCAAAAAAGUUACAGAAGUUGAAAAGAAGCUGAAAGAACAGGAACGAAAGGCGUAUAUAAAUCCAGACAUCUCCCAGGAAGAGAAGACGAAAGGGAACGCAUGUUUCAAAAAAGGGGAUUACCCAGAAGCUGUUAAACAUUACACAGAAGCCAUCAAGAGGAAUCCUGAUGACGCCAAGAUUUACAGUAAUCGUGCUGCCUGUUUCACAAAGUUAAUGGAGUUUUCUCUGGCGGUGAAAGAUAGCAACAAGUGUAUUGAAUUGGAUCCAAAAUUUGUGAAGGGUUAUUUGCGAAAAGGUACAAGUCUGCUGGCUAUGAAAGAACCUACAAAGGCUGCUAUGGCUUUUCAAAAGGCGUUGGAGUUGGAUCCAGAUUGCCAGGAGGCUGUGGAAGGAUAUCGUAAGGCAACACUUGAAGAGAAUAGUGAUCCGGAAAGUAUCAAACGAAGAGCGAUGUCCGAUCCAGAAGUACAACAGAUCCUCGGGGAUCCGGCAAUGCAGAUGAUUUUACAACAGAUGAGUAAAGAACCCCAAGCUGUGCGAGAACAUUUAAAAAACCCAGAAAUAGCCGCUAAAAUACAAAAACUCAUGGAAAUGGGUAUUAUAGCAAUUCACUGAUGUGUGUGGAAAUAAUUUGAUCACAGAUUUCUUGUUUGUUUGUUAUUCAAUGUUUAUUUGAAUUAUGGUCAUAUUAUUCGUAUUUUGUUUUUGUGAACAAAUCAGAUACUUCGUUUCAUGGAUAGAUUUGGAAAUUAUUUUUUUUUUUUUUUUUUUUUUUAAAGGGUAGUGCACACAUCAAGGAAUUUUAUAAAGGUAAGCACUGGCUACAUAAUGAAUAUGACUAGUGAUGGUCCAAUAUGACUACUAUCAGUGACAUUUUUCCGCUCUCUGUCUAAAACUUCUAUGCAUUGUGACAGCGUGCUGACAAUACUAGUAGUGAAUUUGAUAGAAACAAAGAGAAAAAAAUGCCAUAACGUAAUAAGAUUUGGAAAUAUUUCACGAUCAACGUCAGUGAUCAAGUAAAGCCAAUUUCCCCGAGGUUUUACCAGCAUAAAGAAUCACACUACAUCAAAUUUGAUGUGCCAUCUAUGCUCGAACCACAGUAGAAUUUGUGGAAUUAUUUACGAUUACAUUGUCACUUUGUAAAGUGCCCCUGAACAUGUUAUUUGAAAGGGCGCACUAUAAAUAUGCUAUGAUAUUAAUAAUUAAUGUCUGUUUGCACAUGCGUAGAAAUGAUAUUCCUAAAAAACAAAUGCAUUGAGAGACCCGAACUGUCAAACAAUGUGCUAAUAAAAACAUACGCAAAUAAGGAUUCUGCACUGUUUACUCUUUCCUUUUUUGCAGCCUCAAUAAGAGUCUGUAUUAUAUCUAAAUAGCAACGCACACACACUACUAAAAUAAAAGUACAGCGUGUCCAGCAAAAUAAUGAUUUGUUCGCAACUUGAAUAAUAUUUUAAAGGUAAUACUAAUUACCGAGCCCUUUAUAUCAGAUAUCGACGGGUCUUCCAGUAAGACCGAGUCGCGUCCAAUACCGAUUUCUACCCAUGGGUCAAUUAUCAGCCAGCUAUCGAUAUUGAAACCAAUUAUCGGACCAUCACUAAAUAUGACACUUGGCAAGGUCUGGGAUAGAGGAUGUUUUCUGUUCAUGUACCGUACCUUUUUUUUAUAUAGAACUUACACCUUGUCCAUCACUUGAUACUAAACGAUAUUUAUUUGUCACAUCGACAAACUUUAGCGUUAACUUUAACAGUAUUAUUGAUAAGUUUCUUUACGACUGAUCUAUUAAUCCGAUACCUUGUGGGUUUAUGAUAUAAAUGUUAUAUAUGAAUCUACGUGUGUGUAAUGCUACAAUAUACUUGUGGGAAUUACAAUUUUGCCCAGCCAUAGCUGAUUUCACCCACUUUAUAUGCAUCAGUCACCUUGCAAUUCAGAUCACAAUAUGGCUGCAGUAUCGUACAUGGAAGGUGUUUCUUAUCAACAAGAAAUUAGGAAAUUACCUGUCUCUGUGUCCAGAAAUGAAAAACAUUCUGAAAAAUGAAGGCCAGUGCAGAACAGUAAGACAUUGAUUCCCAUAUCAUUUUUCGAGAGUUACUGAAAAAAAAAAUUGAUCAGACAUUUCAUUUUAAAAGAUGUAAGAGUUUGGAUCAUCCCUAUUUAUUUUUUACAAUGUGACUAUUUGUGAUACAUUUAUAAAGAGAUAUGUACCCAUCCCAUCCCAUCCCUCUCUGUGUUUAUAUAUGUAUAAUUACUGGUAUUUAGACCCUGGACCAUGUAUAUGUUGUAACAAUCAUCUACGCUUUCAUGUAAUCUUGAUUUAAACACAGAUCCUAUUUGAUUUCGUUUUUUUUUUUUUUUAUAGUUCAAAAUUUCGUUUCUACACCGUGCAAUCGAAAGUCUGAAUAAAAACAAAAACAAACAAAAACAGAACGAAAUAUAGAGCUGUAGUUUAAUCUGAUUGAGUUUUCAUGUUUAUGUGUUUUGAAAUUGGUGUGGUUUAUAGAUUAGAAGGAAUCACAGCUGGGUAGUACCACCCACAACUAAUGCUCCUUAGCCACCCAUGUAAUAUAUUUCAGGAUAUUGCUUUUCUCUCUUUGUGAUUUUCAGGUGACAGCACACCGCAUGGCAUAUUGCGUGUCUCUGUUAGCCCAUUUGGCACAGAAAGGCAUUAAACCCCAUUUCAUUUGCAGCCCCAGGUUGUCUAGCUUCUUCAUUACCAUGAAAACAAGAGAAAGUGUGAAAUAAUGCUGAUUAAUAAUGAAUAACCAUGAUUUUGUUGUUUCCAUUUAUUUAAUCAAUAUUACAAUUUGUAUAUAAUAAAGUAAGUGCUAUUAUUAGCAAA